UUCAGUACUUGCGAUAACUACACUGACAGACAAGUAAAUUUCAAGCAUUCUCCAUACGUAAUUGUGUAAUUGUAUGUUUUUAUGCUUAAGCAAUUAAAUAAUUAGUUAAAAAUUAAUUUUAAAUUACUUGCGAUUUUCCAUCGUCCAGCUCUCAGUUAUUAAAAAAAAAAAAAAUAUAAAAAGUAUUUAAAUGGACACGUGUUAAAUUAUCUUUGUUUUGUUGAAUUAAAUUUUUUAAUUUUAAUGUUAAAGUUGAGUAAUUAAAUAAUUAAUGUAAUUAAUUAGCAAGUGAUUUAAUUAUUUAGUGAGUCGAGUUUUUGGAGGAUGGUAAAUUAAUGGAAUUAAAUAUUAGGUAAUAAUAAAUAAGUUAUAUAUAAAUAUAUAAUUAAAAAUGAACGGAUUCAGUACCGGUGAAGAAGACUCUCGUGGUGCAUCUGAUCAGAUUUGUUGCCUCGUUGACGAGGGUGAAAGAUGUACCAGAGCUGCUGGAAAUGCGUCGUACAGCAAACGGAUACAAAAGACUGUUACUCAGAGACGGCUCAAAUUAAAUUUAGAUCAUAUGGCAAGACAUAUCUACAUAUGUGAUUAUCAUAAACAAGUAAUACAGUGCGCGAGAUCAAAACAACAGCAGCAAAGACGGAGAAAAGAUUCAGAAGAAGAUUCCGGAGAAACUGAUAACGAUGUACCAGAUGUUGAUUUAUUUCAACUGCAAGUUGGUACUUUAAGAAGAUAUAAAAGAUAUUACAAAGUACUUGCUAAACCUGGAUCAAAUAAAGCACAGCUCGCCGAUACUCUGAUGAAACACUUCAAAACAAUCCCAGUAUCGGAAAAAGAAGUAUCAAGUAUUUUUAUUUACACCGUUAAAACAAACGCCAACAAAUUGGAUCAGAAAAAUGGAGUCAGUGCUGACACAACGUAACCAUUAAUUAAUUUAUUAUUCUAAUUUUAUAAUAAUUACUGAUAAAAUUUAUUAAUUAAGAAAAAUAACUGUCUCCUAUAACUAUAAUUAAAGUAUAAA